AUGAACGCGUCUACCAAUGUCCCACGUGUCAACGCGGCUUCAAUCGCCGGUAUUUUAUCCACAAUUGUCACUGAGUGCUGUGUUCAUACGCGUUCCAGCGAGCUAACGACGACCAGGGAUGUUUUGCAACGACACCAGGCCGUCCAUGAAAAGGACGAAGCCGAAGGCAAAACUUCAUCGAGGCGGUCAAAGGAGCGCGCAAUUGAAGCGUGUGAAGCUUGCGCGACCGCCAAACUAAGCUGCGACAACGAAAGACCCUGCAAACGAUGCAAUUCGAAGCAAAUACAAUGCGUCCCCAGAUCCAAAGGUGUGCGUCGAUCAAGCGAACGCUUAUCGUAUCCCAUGUCACUUCCACCCUACUCCCCGCAAGUAGGAAGCCAACCGCCAGACCUGUCGACUCUAACGGCAACACCCGAAUCUGGACCGUCUGAAUAUAGUGUGCCACCAGCUUCGGAGUCAUUCUCACAGAAUCCGCAUGAGUUGUAUGACUCGAGUAUCGCCCCGGCUGGCGAAAUGGCCUUAGAGGCGUUUAUCCCUCACAGAAACGUACAGUCGUAUUCGCCUCUGAACGGAUUUCCCGCAUUCUUCGAACAGGUCAUGCUCCCGGGCCUUGAUGCCGACGAUGCGACUCACAAUACGCAACAGCCGCGCGUUUUUGAUUUUAUGCAAGACACCGAUUUCACGUUCUCAGAUACCGACAUAUUUGGUACGGACUUUAUACCGGAUUUGGACAAGGCACUCGAUGUUCCGAUGGCCUUUUCCGGAUUCGACGACCCGCAGCAUCCCUCGCUGGAUGAUCAAGAGUCAGCGAGCCGGCGUGCUGCAGCCUUCGGGCGUUCAGUGUGGCUUUGGGUUCCAGAGAAGAAUCAGCACGCGUUUAGUGACGACAAACGACUUCCUUUACGCGACAGUGAUAGUAUUCCAUACACGCACCAGAACCGACUAGAUUCAAUCAAAAUUCCUGGGAAUCUUUCUUAUCAAGCAAGAGAUGAUAUCCUGAAGCUGGUUCUACGUACAGGAGGCUCUCGGCUUUCAGUCACCACCUUUCCAUCUGCAGACUAUCUUGACACACUUAUCAAGGUCGGCAUCGGCAAGCGAACCGAAACAGACGCCUGGAUUCAUCCGUACACCUUCUAUGAUUCAGUCUACCAACAACUGCGCCCAGAGCUUCUCACAGCUCUGGUCGCGGCGGGCUGUGUGUGCUGUGGAAUGCCUUCCAUCAAUAAGACUGGCAUUAUUCUGCAAGAAAUUACGAGAGUUGGCUUGGCAGAACUGGUUGAGGAUGACAACAGUGUGCUUCGCGAUCUGCAAUACUUGCAGGCUUCAAUGUUGUGGCUGGAUAUUGGAGUCUUCUGUGGCUAUACUCGGAAAAUGCAAAUCGCCGAAAGCUAUCUGCAACCACUUUGUACCGCUGUACGUCGUGGUGCGGCUUUCGAUAGGUCCACAUACACGGUUAUCACUCCAUACACAUUCGGAAACGAUGAAGACUCAUUACAACGAGCAUGGCAUGCUUGGGUGCGGCAAGAAUCUCUUAAGAGACUUGUAUAUCAUUUGUUCGGCCAUGAUGUGGAUGUUGCUACGGCCAUGAACCGACCUGCCAUCAUCUCCUAUACAGAGCUAACGCUGCCAUUCCCCUCAGCGAGAGAGCUAUGGCUCGCUCCUACUGCUGCGGCUUGGAGGGAUAUCUGGACAAGCAAGUACCGGAUGACAGGUUGCUCGGAGUUGAAUCUACGUGAUUUACUGUCAGACCCAUCAUUAUUGAGUCAACUACCUCCCGACCUUGAUCGUGCAAUUGCGAGAACUACUCUACUGCAGGGUCUCUCUCUGCAAGUGUGGGAGUUCCGCCAACAGAUGCUGCUAUCUCAAAAUUCUCGGUCUGGGCCUAGGGCGACAACUCGGUUGUGGCUGCAAAGUCGACAAGAAGAUCUAUACACAACCCUUCGAGCUGUGCAGGAAGACUCUCCAAACGCUCCUCCAGUCACGAUACUAUUAAACGACUUUGUGAUGAUGUGCCUCCACAUUGACAUUGAUGCGAUCCAGCGGUUCGUCGGAAAGAUGGGCGAGCUAGACGCCCGUCGAGCCUAUCCCGGCCUCCGAGACUGGAGCCGGACAAAAGAAGCGCGAUCCGCUGUCUGGCAUGCCGGCCAGGUGCUUCGGGCCGCCCGGAAUGUGGUCGCACAUGAGUUCCGCGGCUUUGACUCCCUAGCCAUCUAUCACGCUACGCUGGUUUUGUGGGUCUAUGGUCUAAUUCAAUGUGGCGAGACCAAGCGACUCCAGGUGGCUACUCCCAUGAGUGAAGCUGAUCCUACGCCGCCAGUGCUCUUGGAUGGACCAGAGGACCCGGUGACCAAGUCCUUCUUGGGCCAUGGCGUUGGCCGACCUGGAUUGAUGAUGGUUCAGUCCCGCGGCGGCAAUGAAGGCGAUGUCAAGGUUUUCUGUGAACUAAGCAAGCCUCGUGCAGUUAUGGCUGUGGCGCGGCAGGUGUUUGAAGGGAAUUGUCCACUUCCCCUGCCAGAGGAUAUACCUCCACCGAUGAUUCAGAACCUGUGUGCUUUGAUUGAUGAUUUGGGAAACCUACGAUGA